AAACGGGUUUAUUGGUGAGCCUCUUUGGACUCGGAGCCACACCCAAACCGAACCGGGUCGGACCUGCGGAACAUUCCAGUUCCGUUCCGGUGGUUGGGGCUAGCAUGUGUGUGGGUUCGGAUCCGAUCAGAUCAGAUCUGUGAUUAGCUUCUCCAGCAGAAGCGGAUUAGGCUUCUGAACGUAAAGCUGACGUCAGCAAACACCCGCCCAUCUGAGGCUGCCGCUCCGGGCGGGGCGGGGCGGGGCGGGGGGGGUCCAGAGCCCGGUCAGGACAGGAGCGGAGCAGGAAGAGGAGCGUCCUCCUCCCGCCCGAGCCCCACACGCCACGGCUGCCCGUUCCACACGCAUCCCGGUUCAAGAUGGCGGUGCAGGCGGCGGAGAAGGACGGCGCGGAGCUGCUGACGCGCGCGGAUGAGGAGCUCGCCCACGAGCCGCUGGGGAGCGGCGGCCUCAUCUCCCCCGACAAAGAGGAGCUCUCGCGUCUGCUGACGGUGCCGUUCUGCGGGCGCAUCCGCGGCGGAAUGCGGCCGGGGAAGAAGAUCAUCGUGAUGGGCAUUGUUGACCUGGAGCCAGACAGCUUUGACGUCAGCCUGACCUGUGGCCGGGACGCGGACAAGCAGGACACCCCGCACGACGUGGCGCUGAAGCUCGCCGCCCGCUUCAGCGACCGCCAGUUUGUGAGCUGCGCCCGCGUCUCCGGGAAGUGGACGGGCGAGGAGGUGUCCACCGCCUACUUCCCCUUCAUCCCCGACCAGCCGUUCAGGAUGGAGAUCCACUGCGAGCACCAGCGCUUCCGGAUAUUCGUGGACGGACACCAGCUCUUUGACUUUUACCACAGAGUGAAAUCGUUGUCGUCCAUCGACACGGUUCGGAUCCACGGAGACCUGCAGAUCACCAAGCUCGGUUAACUCCACCUUUACAAGGUUGUUUUUUAUUUUUCUAUUUUUUUGGGGUGCGUGUUAAGAAACAUAAAGACUGGAUCUCCAAUGUGUGCACACCGCCAGCAUCCCAUCAUGCACCUCUGCUGCAGCAGCUGGAAAGGCUCCAGUCUGUCUUCUGUUUUCUUGUGUUCUGUUGUUUGACCCUGUGUGUGUUUGGAGAACGUUCUCUCAUGUGUCCCGAAGUAUUUAAGUUACUGAUUUAUCCUUAAUGAAGGCCUGAACGUUGCCAAACUGGCUCACGUGUUUCUUGAUUUAGCGGCUCGUUUCUGUGCGGAUGUUUGACCUCCUCGUGUUGGACCGGGACUCCGGCGCCGGCUGUUUCAGUCGUCAUGGUAACAGAUCCAGGAAGGUGAUGAGUCGUGGUGUUUACCAUAGUUGUAGUGACGGCCGCUCUCCUGCAGGCGGCGCUGAAAGUGGGCGGUGAAUGUAAAGUGUUGCCAUGGUAGCGUAGACGGCGUGUUGUGGCGGUUCAGAUCCAGUUACAAAGUACAGUAGGUUUUCUCUUCCAGGAGGGCGGAGUUUACAGUGUUCACAGCGCUUAUGUCGGACAUUUUUUCCUAAAAGAGCCAAGAACUUCCUGGAUGGAAGGAUGAGGAAACAUGAAGAAUAAGAAGAGCAGAUGAAGUAAUAAACAUUAGAAACCUGAAGGUUUCCGGCUGCACAGCCUGGUGCUUCUCAAGCUUCCACCUCACCUUCAACCCGCUGCUGUCCAGUCCAGGUUCUGAGUUCAGGAUCCAACAGUUUCCUCAAACCCUUCAGGAAUGAGCGUCAGAAAAGCUGCAGUUCCUCCGUGUUUUAAGUAUUCCAGUAAAAGUUGAGUUUUCUCAGUCAAGAAUCUAAUUGCAGAGAAGAACUCUAAAAGUCAGCACCACUGCGGGGUUAUGGUCUUUGAAAGGAUGUCUGUUCAAAUGAACCUAAUAAAGAAGGAAACUCACUGAUGUAAUAGUUCUCUAAACCUCAAACCUUUUACAUCUUUUACUAGAUCAAAGUCGGCCUAUUCCAACAUGAAAGGACUGACUCCGCCCAUUCUGUGAUGUCACAAAGUCGAAUGCAACAGUUUUUAAAAGUUGCUGCUGAGGUUACCACAUACAACUGUUUUGAAUUUGGAAGAAAACUGUUGAAAGUUGAAGUCCUGUAAGUCGUUACACGCUCCAGCGUGUGAAAUGUAUCCUCCACAUUUGACCCCUCCCCUGGGGGAGGAGUGAGCUGCAGACACCAAAUGACUUGGGAACCAUUUGGUGGUUGAACCCCCCAAUCCAACCCCUUGAAGCUGGGGGUCAAGCAGGGAGGAACUGGGUCCGUUUUUAGUCUUUUGUCUGGGAUUUGAACUCACGACCUUCCAGUUUCAGAGCAGACACUCUACCACAGGACCACUGAGCUGGUUUAUGCAGUUACCGUGAUUCCAGCGGAUUCCGUCAUGGAGAAAAGCGGCUUCACAUCAAUAAGGGAAAGCCGUGUUUUCUGCGUCCGGAUCAGCUGACUCACGUUGAUCGUGUAAACGUUCAGUCGAAGAGUGUUUGUUAUUCAGUCGUCGCCCACGACGUCGCUGGUUCUAAAGGGUUAAAAAUGGUCAGAUGAAACGGCGAGGGGAAAACUCGCACAAACGAGACACAAAUGUGGUUUCAUUAAAGAAGACCUGGCUGCAGAAAUCAACAUGGCCCCAAGAUGGCGCCAGACCAUCGUUAGCCGGAAGGCCUCAGCUGAAGUUCCAGUGAAGUUCUCUAGAAAAACUCCAGAACCGGUUCAGGUUCUGUUAGGAAUCUUCUAGUAUAGAUACGCACGUUCAGCCUCCGGCUAAAGAUGAGUUUAAUGUUGUCUGGGCGCCAUCUUACUGCAUCCUGGUCCCUCUGGCUUCAUGUCGCGAUGCUAACAGCUACAGCUAACACUGGCUACCCUGAGAGACGUUUUAUUGUGGUGAGAACAGAAACUGCUCACGUUCCGGAUGCUGUGGGCCUCCAGCGUCUCAUCUUUAACCUGAUUGGCUGCAGCUGCGGCAUGCUGGGAAAUGGAGCCUUGCAGAAGUCCACGUGCUCUUUUUGGUGCUCUAGUCUGACUUUCAUGGAGGUUUACCACCAUCUCUUUAAGAGUCUGCUGCAACUUUUAUUCUGAAAUUUUCAAACAUCCUGUCUUCUCUCAAGCUUAACUGUGUUUUAUUUUGAAAGACUUUGUAGGUAGCUAAAGUUGGAUCAUUCGUUUUUGAUGCAUUCUUGUGUUUCUCCUCGUGGAGCUCCAACAGUGUUUAAAGCAGGACGAGGAGGUUCUUUCCCAGCAUGCAUUGGGGCCGUGAUUUGUCCAGCCUCAGGUAAACAGGAAGUUGAGGCUUCACUGACUCCGGUGCGCUGCAGUAGAUCCGCUUCACGUCGUUUUGGAGAACCUUCCGGAGCAGAAGCUCCGAGGGUUUGCAUGCUUCAUGGUUUUUCUUUUAGAUUUUUGCCGUAGUUUUGCACUUUACUUGUAUCUUUGUAGUGUUUUAGGGUUUGUAGAUAUCCCCUGAUCCUUUGGAAUUCCCCUCAAACGUUUGGAAGUCUCACAGGAAAACUGAAUGUCUUCUUCUGAUUGUAACCUGGUGGAGGACGCUCCGAUCUGGGUUUACGGCGUUGGUCCCCCCAGUGUUAGAGCGGCCUCAGGGGCUUUGAGUUUUGGUCGGUUUUACAUCAAUAUUUUAGGGCUGCUUUCACUUUUUUGAGCUAUUUGUGGCUAAAAUAAUAACUUAAUUUACGCUACAUUUCCACAAACGACCAACUUUCUGCAGAGAGGCUGGACGGCGUCGCUCAUCGUGUUUGUAGAAGUAGACCGACCCGUUUCUGUGCUCUCGUAUUCAGCAGCGUAGUGGCUCCUAACGAGGGAGUCCGGUCUUUAUAGUGAUGGAAGUGUCUCCUCUGACCACACGAGUGGACUGAGGCGGGAAGAGACUCCAGAGAAACCUCCGUUUGACCUUUUUUCCGUCUGGGGAUCCUCCCGCCGCGCUGACGUUCCUCAGGGUUUGAAGGAGAAAAUACACUUUGACACAUUCCCACGAUGAUUACAGAUGUCUGAAGAUGUUCCACAGAAUGCUGAUGAUGUUGCUCUUUGUUGUUAACUCCAUUUUUCGUCUUUGCUUUUUUGUAAAAACGGCUCCUUUGCAAAUAAAUAAACGUCUGCUAACUUA